UCACAGUGGCGAAGGAACGCUAGCUUGAAAAUCAAAACAAACAACUCUGGGAAAAAAAAGUGAGAGGCUGGAUGCUACUUUGUAACUGUGCUUAACCAGACUGAGGGUUUGUCUCAGAACGAGACCUUCAUCAUGUCGGCUAUGGAGAAACACCUGUUCAACCUCAAGUUUGCUGCCAAGGAGCUUCACCGCAACUCCAAGAGAUGUGACAAAGAGGAAAGGGCAGAAAAGUCUAAAGUGAAGCAGGCUAUCCAGAAAGGUAAUAUGGAAGCAGCUAAGAUCCAUGCAGAGAAUGCCAUCCGUCAGAAGCAUCAGUCCAUCAACUUCUUGAGGAUGAGUGCACGUGUGGAUGCUGUGGCUUCUAGAGUCCAGACUGCUGUCACUAUGAACCAGGUGUCUAAAUCCAUGUCUGGAGUGGUCAAGUCUAUGGAUGCUACGCUGAAAAGUAUGAACCUGGAGAAGAUCUCUGCAUUAAUGGACAAGUUUGAAAACCAGUUUGAAACUCUUGACGUGCAGACAGCUCAGAUGGAAGACACAAUGGGCAACACCACCACUCUGACAACACCUCAGAAUGAAGUGGAUACUCUGCUGCAUGAGAUGGCUGAUGAAGCAGGGUUGGAUCUUAACCUGGAGCUUCCUGCAGGCCAGACUUCCGCACUGGCUUCAUCUGUGGCAUCAACAGAGCAGGACGAACUCUCCCAGAGGCUGUCUAGACUGCGAGACCAGGUGUCGUAAUCACGUCGAAAAGCAGAAGAUCAGGAGGAGGGAGAAGAGCAGGAGAAGCAAGAAGAGACGGGGUGAAAAAGUGAAGGAAAAAAAAAAAGAAGGUGCCAUGUGCCUGAAAGCUCUGUGUUUCAGGUUUGUCCUGCUGUGAGAGGUUAGGGGGCUGUCUAACAGCAGAUAAGGACAGAGGGUCCUGCAUCACAUGCAGUCCCUCUGUGAUAAUGUUCAUUUGCACACUUAUAUUUAACUUGUAUUCUGGUUAUUUAUUAGCUCAAUAAUAUGACAUGACUGUGCUGGCAUGUUUCUUUAUUUUAAGGUGGUGCACCUCAUAUUCUAAGUGGAUUUUUGGAGCAAAUUGUUAAGAGAAAAAACAACUGUGCUUAAUAAUACCUCAUUCCAAAGUGAUUAUACACUAUGUAUAAAAUGUAAAAAGCUAUUUAUUAUAUUUAUUUGUGUAUUUAUUUAUUUAUUUACUGCCUGCUUCACUGACUGAUUGCUAAGAGCAUGCUUGUCUUGUAACUGUUAUAUCCUACCUGCUUGGUUGAGGAUGUUGGGACCUGCAUUGUCAGUUUUUUGUUUUUGCUGCAGUGCUGAAAGUCAGACUUAUAGUGUUUGUUUAUAUGGUAUGGCAGGGCUAAAUGUUUGCCUCAGACACGCUCUGGAGAAAGCUGGAAUGGUGUUGAUUUGCUGCUCGUAGCGGCAGAGUGUGGACUCAAGUCACAAAUUUGAUGACUUUAGACUCUAUUUGACAAACUCAGAAAAAGACUUGCAACUCGAUUUGGACUUUAACACUUUGGACUUGAUUUUUUUUACUUGAAAAUACUUAAUACCUUCCCCCAAGUCCAAAGACUAAAGAGUAUGUUACUUAAAAAGUGUGUCACGAAUCAUUUCAUUUCCUUUCAUCUCCUGAAGCAACUAAUGUUAACACUAUUCAUUCUCAGCAAGUCGACACAUAAUUCUCGACAGCAAUCCAACAGCAUCCAAUCAAGUUGCAGGAGAGUGACAAAAAACUAAGGCUACAUUACUUUGUAAACUAUGAAAACUAUGUGGUCGUCAACAAAAAAUGAAUUGCAGUAUGCAAAACUUGUUUUUUUUUUUUUUUUUUAACAAGGAAUUGUAAAGG